GUCAAAGUUUAAACGAGGUCUCGUGUCACGCGCAUACGCAGCAGAAAGAGGCGGCGCCGCCGCUCCUCCUGCCGCGCUACAAGUGUCCGUGUCCCGCGCUGCGCGUCCUCCCUCAGACCCGGACCAACUCCUGUAAAGCUCUGAAAUGUACCGGUACUUCGGGGAGACUCUCAGCCGGGGGGCGGGCCGCGUCCUGGGCUCGGGGGGCUCCGUCCGCGUCGCUCCCGCCGCGUCGCUGCUGCGGCACCGCGGCUACAGCCAGUCCGUGGACCGGGACGACGACCCGAACUUCCUCAGCAUGGUGGAGGGCUUCUUCGACCGGGGCGCCGCCAUGGUGGAGGACCGCCUGGUGGAGAGCCUGAAGACCCGCGAGACCGCCGAGCAGAAGCGGAAGCGCGUCCGCGGGAUCCUGCGCGUCAUCAAGCCCUGCAACCACGUGCUGAGCGUCUGCUUCCCCAUCCGGAAGGACUCGGGCGAGUGGGAGGUGGUGGAGGGGUACCGGGCCCAGCACAGCCAGCACCGGACCCCCUGCAAGGGAGGAAUCCGUUACAGUCCUGACGUGUCUGUAGACGAGGUGAAAGCUCUGGCUUCUCUUAUGACCUACAAGUGUGCUGUAGUAGAUGUGCCGUUUGGUGGAGCCAAAGCUGGAGUGAAGAUCAACCCCAGGAACUACUCAGACAACGAGCUGGAGAAGAUCACCAGGAGGUUCACCAUGGAGCUGGCCAAGAAGGGCUUCAUCGGGCCCGGCAUCGACGUCCCGGCUCCGGACAUGAGCACCGGGGAGAGGGAGAUGUCCUGGAUCGCCGACACCUACGCCACCACGCUGGGCCACAACGACAUCAACGCCUACGCCUGCGUCACCGGGAAGCCGAUCAGCCAGGGCGGCAUCCACGGCCGCGUGUCGGCCACCGGCCGCGGCGUCUUCCACGGCAUCGACAACUUCCUCAAGGAGGCGGAGCUCAUGAGCCGGCUGGGCCUGCAGCCCGGCCUGCAGGGCAAAACCUUCGUCAUCCAGGGUUUUGGUAAUGUGGGUCUUCACUCCAUGCGCUACCUUCAUCGCUCAGGGGCCAAGUGUGUUGGGAUCGGAGAGAUGGACGGAAACAUCUGGAACCCCAACGGCAUCAACCCCAAAGAGCUGGAGGACUACAAGCUGGAACACGGGACCAUCGUGGGCUUCCCCAACGCCGCGCCCUACGAGGGCAGCAUCCUGGAGGCCGACUGUGACAUCCUGAUCCCAGCGGCCAGCGAGAAGCAGCUGACCAAGAGCAACGCCCACAGGAUCAAGGCCAAGGUCAUCGCUGAGGGAGCCAACGGGCCGACGACGCCUGCAGCCGACCAGAUCUUCCUGGAGAGAAACAUCCUGGUGAUCCCGGACAUGUACCUGAAUGCAGGAGGUGUGACGGUGUCGUACUUCGAGUGGUUGAAGAACCUGAACCACGUCAGUUACGGACGACUUACCUUCAAAUACGAGCGGGACUCGAACUACCACCUGCUGAUGUCUGUCCAGGAGAGUCUAGAGAGGAGGUUUGGUAAACAUGGAGGAGAGAUCCCCAUCGUGCCGACCUCAGUGCUCACUGCCCUGGUGCUCACUGCUCCUAGUGCUCACUACUCCCAGUGCUCACUGCCCCAGUACCUCACUCCUAGUGCUCACUGCUCCCAGUGCUCACUGCUCACUCACCACCCCAGUGCUCACUGCCCCAGUACUCACUGCCCUAGCACUCACUACUCCCAGUGCUCACCACUCCCAGUAGCUCACUGCUCCUAG